ACCACUGUGGAUCUAUCUGCAACAAACAGACGUUUUUCUUCCCUAUACAAAAGGAUAGGAAGAGAAGAGAGAGAAUGGAGAUGGAGCUGGAGACAACUGAAGCUCCUUAUGAGUACUACGACUACGACGAGACGGAAAACUCCACCAUGUGUGACUACUCUGAGUGGACGCCGUCAUACUCUGUCAUCCCUGUGCUCUACAUGCUCAUUUUCAUCCUCGGUCUCUCAGGAAAUGGGGUGGUCAUCUUCACCGUGUGGAGAGCCCAAGGUAAGCGGCGAGCUGCUGACGUCUACAUUGGCAACCUUGCCCUGGCUGACCUCACCUUUGUGGUCACUCUGCCUCUGUGGGCCGUUUACACAGCCAUGGGCUACCACUGGCCCUUUGGAGUGGCUCUGUGUAAGAUCAGCAGCUACGUGGUCCUGCUCAACAUGUAUGCCAGCGUCUUCUGCCUCACCUGCAUGAGCUUUGAUCGCUACCUGGCCAUCGUCCACUCGUUGUCCAGCACCCAGCUGCGCACCCGUGGCCACAUUCAAGGCUCCCUGACAGCCAUCUGGCUGCUGUCUGGUCUCCUGGCUGCCCCGACUCUGAUCUUCCGCACCACCAAAUAUGAUCUAUCCAGCAACCGCACAUCCUGCGCCAUGGACUUCAGCCUGGUGACAAGCAAAAAGCAGGAGAGCCUGUGGAUCGCCGGUCUCAGCAUCUCCUCUUCAGCUCUGGGCUUUCUUCUGCCUUUCCUGGCAAUGAUGGUGUGCUACUGCUUCAUCGGCUGCACCGUCACCCGCCACUUCAACACUCUUCGCAAAGAGGACAAGCGUAAGAGGAGGCUGCUGAAGAUCAUCACCACGCUGGUAGUGGUGUUCGCCGCCUGCUGGAUGCCCUUCCACGUCGUGAAGAGUGCUGAUGCCCUCUCCUACCUAGAGCUAUUUCCUGCCACCUGUGCCUUCCUGCGCUUCCUGCUGCUGGCUCACCCGUACGCCACCUGCCUGGCCUACAUCAACAGCUGCCUCAACCCCUUUCUUUACGCUUUCUUUGACCUGCGCUUCAGAUCCCAGUGUCUGUGCCUACUAAACCUGAAGAAGUCCUUGCAUGCAAGCCCUCCCAGCUCCCUUUCCUCUCAGAAGACAGAGGCUCAGUCUCUUGCCACAAAGGUGUGACGACAGCUGAGGGCCCAGAGGCAUGCUGGGGAAGAGGUUAACACUGCAGAACAAUGCAGGUAAAUCAGAACUUUACAGCACUGGGUACUUCCUCACAGAUCGUCUGCAGUCAGUUUCAGGGUGUCACUUUUGCUCCCCCCUGACUUUGUGGACUACUGUAGGCUUUUUUCUGAAGAUGACGGUCAUGCUUUUGGAUUUUGGGUCUGACCCCACUCCAACUCCAGCCUCACUUUCAGUAGCAGGGAAGCAAAACUGAACUACUUAAUAUAAGGGACCAAACAUAAACCGGACUUUUUUUGGAAAAAGUGGAAUGUAUUUUAAAAGGACAACACAGUCAUGUGGUUCUCUUGGUUCUCCUGUGGACUUUAUGCAAAGUACUGAGCUUUGAACUCUGAAACCCUGUCUUCAAGUCCUGAUGAAUUGUAUUACUCAUACAUUUGCCCCUGCUGUUCUUGUUAUCAUUUGUAAGCACUUGAGGUGUGAUGUCUGCCCUGCUCUCCACCUCAAUCUGUAGUAUCUGCUCCACAGCCAGCAGUGUAAAAGCCUGUGUGUGUGUGUGUGUGUGUGUGUGUGUGUGUGUGUGUGUGUGUGUGUGUGUGUGUGUGUGUGUGUGUCUGCAUGUAUGUGUGUAGGAAGGGAGUGCCAGUCGG